AUCAGAUUCUCGGAUGCGCGGUACGCAUAGCGCACUGAUGAAGCACGAAGGGCACGCUGCCCAAUAAAAAGCCUGGAUGAUGCGGGUGGCGCCUAUCGUCGCGGGCGUCGCGGGUGAGGGUGGUCUCACAGCCGACGCAACAUUUCUCUCCUGAACUUGAACGUGACUGAAGUAGCUCUAGGAAGUAGCUCUAGAGCUACUUCAGUAAGUCCGCCGCCGCCGCCGUGACAGCUUUCAAGAAGGAGCUUCAACGCCGCGCUGCGUUUGGGAAUACAUACUGAAGCAAAGCAGACAGCGGAUCCACGCUGCCCAUCCGUGAAACUCAUGUUAAGGUUGCUCAACCCACCGCUGAACCACCUAACUGUGUGCCUAGACCACGGGGCGCCUUUGUGCUCCUUGCCGCACAUCGAUGUGAACGAUGUGAACACCAUAGCAAACGACCCGCGCGUCCUGAGCGCGGGCGUUUCGCAGGAGGAGGCGCGGACUUACGUCCGUGGCGUCAACGACCAGGUCGCGAAGGGUGUCGGUAAAACCCAUUUGCUGAUCCCUGGCUCUAUAGGCUGCGCGAUCCUUUGUGUUUUCCUGGUAUUCAUCACGCGGAUAGAACUUUUUGGGUUGGUUGCCUUUCUAUUCGUCGUCUCGUCAUUCGCCUCAUAUUUCUUUGUAUAUUUCAUUAUGGUAAGCCAACUGUAUGAAAAAGCCUUCGCGGAAUGGCGGCAAAGGGGGAUCGUGACUCGCGUCGAGUUCAUAAAAAUACCUUGUAAUGGGACUCAAGGUCCAUCAUCAGGUCCAUCAUCAUCAGAAUGGCUCCGGUUGUGUUUCCCUCCCGCACAGCAAGCGUCGCAGAUAGCACCGCAGGGUCUAAACGUUGUCACGACGGCUACGCCAAGUUCGCCGUCAAUGUUUACCGUCCGAGUGGCGCCCGCCCGCGACGAACCUGUUGCGCCGGUGGCGACGAUGGCCGCGUCACCUGUUGUGCCGGUGGCAACGGUGGCCGCGUCAACGUUUACCGUCCAGGUGCCGCCCGACGGCUCUGCCGGUCAAGUGAUGCAGCUCCAAGCGCCGAACGGCGUGACGGUGCAGGUCCAAAUUCCGUUUGGCUGUGCAGCGGGCUCGACGUUCGAGGUCGCGAUGCCGGCACGAGCAUGAUCUCGGGCACUGCUACAAGCUUGUACGCCACUACGCCAUCGACGCGACGCCUACGAAGCUAGGAGAAAAAAACUCGGUGCGAUAAUGUUAUGUCCACUGAA